UGGAAAGGGUUAAGCCGCAGGAAUGCAACACUCAGGAAUGUGCAUGCAAAUAGAUUUAUGCUAAUGAUAUGCUAAUGUACCGUUUGCUGGGAACGGAGUCAAGUCUGUCUGUCCCGGUCUGCCCAGGCCUAUGUGUUCAGCUAGGAACCCAAGAUGGAGGACAGGGGAACACAAAACAUGGAUCUUUACUGAGUUUUUCGUCGCUUUUUAGUAUUCCACCGGAUUUUUUUUUCUACCGUACUUAUGGCGGAACUUAUAGAAGAUGAACAUGCCUAGAAAGGGGAAUGGCCAGCUGCCGUUACCCGACGGCUGGGAAGAAGCGAGGGACUUUGACGGCAAAGUGUUUUAUAUCGACCACAACACUAAACAAACAAGUUGGAUAGACCCGAGGGACAGGUUGACGAAGCCCCUGUCGUUUGCGGACUGUGUGGGAGACGAGUUACCGUGGGGAUGGGAGGCCUCAUACGACCCUCAGAUUGGCAUCUACUACAUCGACCACAUCAACAAGAGUACCCAGCUAGAGGACCCCCGGGCGGAGUGGAGGAAGGAGCAGGAGAGGAUGUUGAAGGAGUACCUGACAGUAGCCCAGGAUGCCCUGGUCACCCAGAAAGAGCUGUACCAGGUCAAAGAGCAGCGGCUGGCCUUGGCCCUGGAUCAGUACACACGCCUCAACGACGCAUACAAGGACAAGUCCAGCUCACGCACCAGCCUGUUCUCGGGGUCUUCGUCCAGCACUAAGUAUGACCCUGACAUCCUCAAGGCUGAGAUCUCCACCACCAAAGUCAGGGUGAAUAAGCUGAAGAGAGAGCUCUCCCAGAUGAAACAGGAGCUCAUCUACAAAGAACAAGGCUUUGAAACCUUGCAGCAGAUCGACCAAAAACUGUGUGGCGAGCAGAGUGGAUACCGUCUGAAGGAGGCCAAGGCCAUCGUGACGGAGCUCAAGUCUCUCCGCAGGGCCAUCAGCUCUGGAGAGAAGGAGAAACAGGACCUCAUGCAGUCUCUGGCUAAGCUAAAGGAGAGGUUCCACACGGAACACAACAUGGGCCGUUCGGAACCAGACCUCCGGAACCCAGUGGGCUCCAGACAGACGCUAGAAGCCGGCUCCCAGACAGACGUCUCUGGAGAGGCUGGUUUGAGGAGCAGAUCAUCCUUGGCUGAGAAGGUUAGACUUAGUCUCCAAUAUGAAGAGGCCAAAAGAAGUAUGGCCAACGUGCAGGUGGAGCUGGCCAAGCUGGAGAGCGAGGCGUGGCCGGGGGCGGUGGACGUGGAGCGGGAACGUCUCCUCCUGGUCUCGGAGAAGGAGGAGCUUCUCAAGGAGCUGCAGUUCGUAUCGCCACGGCGACGCACCCCGCAGGACCUCCAACGUCUGGAGGCCCAGAGGCUGCAGCUGGAGCAGGACCUGCAGGCCGUCAGGAACACCCCCAGCCACGCCCUGGCCCAGAGGUUGAAGGUGCAGGAGAGGAGACGAGUCCUGGUGCAGAGACUGGAGGAAUCAACCAGACUCACCACACUGCUCCACUCUCAGCUCAAGAGUUUGUCGGCCAGUACCCUGUCCGUCUCAUCAGGCAGCAGCCUGGGUUCUCUGGCCUCUAGCCGUGGCUCCCUCAACACAUCCUCCUCCCGCGGCUCCCUCAACUCCCUCUCCUCUGGAGACCUCUACUACACCCCUGCAGAACCCCCCUCUCCCCUGGACCUGGACUACCAGUGUAAACUGGACCUGCUCCUCCAGGAGCCCUUGACCCCCUCUGGGAUAACCUACAGGCGGGGAGACCCCCCAGGAACUAUCACCACCAUCCACGAACACGAGGUGGAGAACCCACACCCACACAACACGUCGCUUCACACACACGCUGUCGGAACCGGUACCACCGACCUGGUCCCAUUAGCGCCGCUGGUUGCGGUGUCCUCGAAGCCGGCCGAGCCGUCCAAGUCGGUGACGUCGCUUUCCUCGAGGUCGUCGUUGUCUUCUCUCUCGCCGCCGAGCUCGCCGCUGGUGCUGGAGGGGGUUGGUGCAUUCCCGUCGGCGGGCCCACAGGACUUUGGGGACGGCGACAUUGGUCUGGUGGUGUCGGACUUUGGCAGUCUCAGCCUGGGAUUCUACGACGGCCAGGGGAUGGGGAUGUUUGAGCCGGAGACGGGGGAGAGGGACAGAGGAGGGGAGGGGGGGAGGGAAGGGAGAGGGGCACUGGCCACCCUCAGAGAGAGUAUUACAGACGUGGACCUCCAGAGGCCGGGGGAGGACAGGCCCACCUGUGUGUCAGCAGCCGUGUCAGACGAGUCCGUGGCCGGGGACAGUGGGGUGUACGAGGCCUCUAAUGUCAAACGUAGGUCAAUGGAGUCUGAUGAACCGGUGGUGUAUCUGGAGGAUGAGCCUGUCCUUCCUGAGUCUGCCCAGGUCCAAAUAGGCCUGAAAUAUGAUGCUGCCAACUCCAGUUUUGUCAUGGUGAUCAUGCAGCUGCAAAACCCUGCUGCCCUGUCAGUCCCCUCCACUACCAGAGUAUACAUCCGGGUGGCGCUCCUCCCAUCUUCCAGUGACAUCAGCAGUCUGUUCAGGACCCGCGUGGUGCCCGUGGCGCUGCCCGACAGCGUGACGUUCAACGAGGUGUUCAGGGCGGCCGCGCCGCACGGCGUCCUCCGGCACAAGACGCUCCGCGUCGACGCCUGCACCGUGGGUCCCGGACGCACCGAGGACUGUCUGGCUGGAGCCCAUGUGAGUCUGGGAGAGCUUCCAGUGAGUGGGGAUAUGACCCGUGUGUGGUACAACCUGUUGACCAGUGAGAGGACCAGAGAGAUAGAAGAGGCCAGCCAGGAGAGACCCGGCCCUGGGCCAGAGCAGCACCCUGCAGGGCCCGUGGACAUGGAUGCGGUGUCGGCCCUGCUGCAGCGGACCUCCAGCGAGUUGGAGGCUGUGGAACAGGAGCUGGCCUUGGAGGAGAAGGAGAGAGCGAGCCAGCUGGACAUGGACGGACACCAAUGGCUGAGCAUGCUGGGAGAGGACAGCCCUCAACUGGACCUCGGACUGGAGGAGGAGGAAGAAGAGGGGGAGGAGGAGAGGAAGGAUUCUGUCAAGGCAGAGAAGAGGUUUGCUGGCUCUGGGCAGGCGUACGGAGGGGAGGAGAGGGAGGAGAAGUGUCGAGAAGAGCCAGCCAGAGAGGAAGAGGAGGAGAAGGAAGAGGAGGAGAGGAGAUGUAAAGAGAGACGCCCUCAGGCAAAUAAAGGACCAACGCUGGUGGAUGCGGAGACUAACACAGAGAUGUGUGGUGUGGCGGUGAGGCCUAAAGACAGACCCAGCCUGGGACCAGGACCACGCAGCGCUCAGAGAGGCUUCGUACGGAACAGUAUGAUCAUGAGGUCUCAAACCUUCUCCCCUGGGGAGCGCAACCAGUACAUCUGCAGGUUGAACCGGAGCGAUAGCGACAGCUCCACAUUAUCCAAAAAGUGCCCGUUUGUCCGGAACACCUCGGAGAGACGCAGCCUAAGGGUUAAGAGGACCCUGUGCCAGCCGGUGGUGGUGCGGAGGCGUGGCGGAGCCGGGGAGACAAACACCCGGACCUCCCUGGACUUGGAGCUGGCCCUCCAGGCUUCGCGAACGCGUCAGAGCCGUCUGAACGACGAGCUCCAGGCCCUGAGGGACCUGAGGGCCCACCUGGAGGCCUUGAAGGCCCGGGGAGAGACGGAGCUGCCCGAGUCCGUGCUGCAUGACCACCGGUUUCACAGGCUGCUGGAGCAGGCCGAGAGACAGGCGGAGCAGUCUAAGGAGCAACAGCGUCAGGAGCAGCGGGCUGAGAAGCUGAUGAGGAGGGCCUCCAAAGACGUGUGUCGGCUGAGAGAGCAGAGCCAGAAGGUCCCCCUGCAGGUCCAGUCUUUCAGGGAGAAGAUGGCCUACUUCACACGAGCUAAGAUCAAUAUACCAUCCCUACCGGCUGAUGAUGUAUGAUUACAUAGUGACACAAUGAAGUAUUUUUCCAACUUUUAUAGCAGAGUAUUUUAAUAGUGUAGUUUCUUUGAAUGAAACCAAUCGAAUAGUUUGUACACUAUAGUUUAUGCAUUUGUAUAAUAAGUUGUUAUUGAAUACUAUCUUGUAAAAAAAAAAAAAAAA